GUAAAACUAGUUAUAAAUUGUAAUAAAUAAUUCGAUAAAUCUGUUAAAUAUCAGAAAAAUUCUCAAGAUUUUGGCGAAGAAAUCCUCAUCAAAUAUUGUUACAAAACUGAGAUUGUGUUUUAUGAAGAAAAAGGAUAAGAUAAAAUGUAAUAGAUAAUAAUCCGCACAAUUCUAACAUAUAAGAUGACGAAUCAUUGAAACAAAAUGACGAAAUUAACAAAUAAGAACAGAUUUGACGAGUGAAAAUCAAUGUUAGAGGAAUUUUGUUGUUUAUUCAGCGUUAAAUUAAGAGAUACAAUAUAUCACAAAGGGACGAACUAAAUAGUGCAUAGCCUGAUUCUAGUUUAUCUAGAAAUGUGAAAUAAAUUAACAGAGAGAAGAAACUAAAUUGAAAAGUUGAUAUUCCGUGGACAACUGUCGCAUCCUGUCGAAACGAGUCGUUGAACUUUGGAUAACACGUUUCAACCCUGCUUCGCGUGUAUAUAUUUGUAUACAACGACUACGUUAAUGUCAAGGCCAGCGUUGGACUCCGAAAAAAUGAAAGGAUUUGUUGCAGCGAUUUCAGUGAACUGAGCAAUGCGCUGGAUUCACCUGAACACAUAUAAAUAGGCAUCUCGUUAUCGCGAUUCAUGUAAAUUGAGAGAACCGUUUCAAGAAAGCCGAAUCAUACAUCAGAAAUGCACGUCUUACUAGCCAGAGCAAAAGGAUUAUCGUGAAAUUGCCGAGAACAGGGAAAGAAUUAAUGAGAUCUGCUUCCUCGAGAAAGGAAAGCGAAACGAGAGACGAAUACUGUUGUGAAUACGCAUUUGAAAUUGAAAUUGGAUGCGAUUUGAAUUACUAAAGAUUAUUUAAUCAUAAUCGGGCAGUUAAUGCGUAAAAUUCUAUUACUCCCAGCGAAGAGGAGGGAGAUGUUCUUUAUCAGCGAAAAAAUAACAAAUCUGCCGGUAGUAAAACUACGAGCGUGAGUCGUGGAAAAGACCCACCUGCUUCACCGGAAGAGCGGAUAAGAAGCUUGGAUAGUUUGUACGAGUUGAAAGAAAAUAGAGAAGUGAAAGACCGAGGGGAGAAAGUUUACGACAAUUAAAGUGGAGGAUGAAGAUAGCAACGAUUAAAGAGAAAAGAGUGAUCGUAUUAUGACUAAAGAAUAAAGCUAAACAAAACACAUCUGUGGCGUUUAAACAAAACAGGUAAAUCAGUCUCUGAUAGCAAAUUUAGAAAAGAGAAACAAAGGACAAAUGUUAAGGCGAUAGUCGUGCUACAGAGAGGUAUCCAAAAAUUCGCUGUGUGUAGAUACACAAAUGCCACCUGAAUUUCUUAUUAAUAAUGAGAGCAGAAAGUUUUAAAUAUAAGCUUAAACCAGCUUCUAACUUUUCUCCUCUUUUAAGCGCUUGUUGUUUUCCUCUGUUUCAUACAAAUUCUACGCAAUUUUCGCGAUGCUCUUACUUACAAACGAUGACGCUGACUACUCCCAUUUGUUUAAUGCAAGUUGGAAAGUAAAUCACACUGCAAGAAGAGCAAAGAGAAGCAAGUCAUGUUCUCCGUAACGUCGACGUUAAAUUUGCACACGAGGUGCGUGAUGGAUCAAUCGAGCUUAGACGCCUCGCCGCGUUCCAAGCGUUCCGUAUCUCCAACCAUGUGGGCCAAUUUAACGCACUACGGCUAUUGGAACAGAAGUUUCGAACCCAGCUUGGAAUUUGAGGAGAAACCGACGGAAGCCUGUCACUCCCUGUACUUCCUGCUGGACUUCUUCCACCAGUACUACAUCCCGUCAAUCAUUUUAUUGGGACUGGUCGGCAAUCUAUUGUCCUGUAUCGUGUUUUUGAACACGCAUUUGAGAGUGAGGAGUUCCAGUUACUAUCUGGCAGCCUUGGCCACGGCUGAUUUCGGUUUCCUGGUUUCACUGCUGUUCGUCUGGCUUAACAACGCAUUAGGCUGGAGGGUGUUCAAUAAAGAUGGCUGGUGCGAGACGUUGGUCUACGUGAGCGCGGUCUGCAGCUCGCUGAGCGUUUGGUUGAUCGUCGCGUUCACCGUGGAAAGGUUCAUAGCUGUUCAGUAUCCCCUCCACAGGCCCCAUAUAUGCACCAUAGCCAGGGCGAAAACUAUAAUAUUGGUACUGGUGGUACUGGCGCUGACGAGCCAUUCGUAUUCGUUCGUCACGGCCGGAAUCGUGAACAAGGAUGGCUACGAAUACUGCGACAUGAAGGUCGAGUAUUUGGAGACGAUGAAGAUCAUCAGCAUCAUCGACAGUAUUGCAAGCUUAAUCGCGCCGUUGGUGAUGAUCAUCGUGAUGAACACCAUGAUUAUGAGGAAUCUGUUCAUAUUUAGCAGGCGGUUCAGGCAGACCUCGGUGACCUUCACCGACUGCCCGAGCGUCGAACGAUCGGACAUCAAUCUGAACCAGAUCCCGAGUGGCAGUAGCAACAACAAUGGUGACGGGGGCAUAAAAAUGGGAUCGGCAGUUGGUGGCCGGCGGCCACCCUCGCAACAAUCGUUCCACUCGUCGAAGAAUGUCCAUUCUCAUCACUCCCGGCAACAGACGACCUCCGCUCCCCUGUCUACCCCACGGACCGCCAGUCAAUUACCCGAAACAGCGAAUCGCUGUAUACAUAUUAGAUCGUCCUCAAGAAAUAUCGCAUCUACGAGGAAUCAACAGAGUAUCACAAAAAUGUUGCUGCUGAUCAGUACAGUCUUCAUUAUUCUUAAUUUACCCAGCUACGUGAUUCGACUGUGCGUGUUCUUCUUCACCCUGGCACGUAAGAGUAUGAUACCCGAUCUGCUCUGGUGCUUGCAGCAAUUCUUCAUGCUGCUAUAUUACACCAACUUCAGCAUUAACUUCCUGCUGUACGCGAUGUGUGGCAUCACGUUCAGGAAUUGUCUCCAACAAUUGCUGCGCAAAGUGCUGAAGAGCAUGACCAGGUAUCACUGCAAUCCUCAAAGGUACAUAUAGGUAAUACUGCGUCCGUUUCGAUCGGCUCGAAACAGGACCGCUGCACGUAGUCCUGUAAGUCUGUGAGCUAAAUUCGAUUCAACGAUUACCAUAGUGAAAAUAAAAAGAAACUACUAUUAUGUAGCGUCAAUGAUUUCGCUCACGUGACGAUACAUCGUGGAAACUCUGUAGUGAUCCGCGCAGUUGUUCCAACAAUGCGAUAAAUUCUAUGCAUGCAUAGAUAUGUGUAUGUGCAUUAUGAGAAUGAAGUAUGUGUUUGAUGAACAAGUGUCAUCUUGAAAAAUGAUUACAGCGACUACAUUUUCGUCAACACUGUUUCCUUUCUGUAUUAAUGGUAAAAGAUUAUACCUCACGUAUAUUUCAAGAAAUGAUUCUAGAUAAUUAAACUGUACAAAUUAACUGUUUAUUCAUUCAUUUAUAGUUUUUAAACAACUUUUCUUUUUCUGUGAUUUUCCUUGUAUUUAUAUUAUCGUUGCACUUAUGUGUAUAUAAUUUCGAAUUACUUAAAACACUAUAUUGAAAAAUUAUACUGUUCAUAAACGCUACUAUGGCAUUACUGUAUAAAUUUUAACAUUAUUAUUGAAUAAUCUAUUAUUUCCUCAACAAUAAUGAACUUUUAAAAGGAUGAUUAUCAUACUACUUUGAUAAAAUUAUAAUAUCGCAUGAAAUAUUGAUGAGGCAGUGUCAACAAAAGUAUAAUCGGUGAUCUGAAACUGUUACAUAAAACGUUUUACGUUAGUUAUUCUGAUUUAUGAAAGUUUCCGAAAGCGAUUUAAUCGCGUUAAUAUUUAAAUUAGUAUUCUUGCGGGAAGCAGAAACAAGUGAAAAUGAAUUAUGAAUUAAACAGUUUACUUUCAGGGAAGUUUGGAAGGGUUCAAAUAAUUAUUUAAGUGAAUAUGUAUUCUUAAAUACAAAAAUCCAGUGCUGUUGUUGCUGAAAAUUUUGUUAUUGCAAUUGAAGAACACGGUUAAGUAAACAGGAAAACAAAUAUAGCUUGGCAUUAUACAUCAAAUGUGAUAAAAUUGAGUUUUUACAUCAAACAAUAUAGUUGUUUUUUAUUAUCGUACAAUGUACAUAUUUCAAAUGUAAAUAUUUAUUUAAAAGAGAAAUGUAAAAUUCACAAAAGCUUUUGAAAUGGUAAUUGAUGAUACAAUCGAGUAAACAUUAAAAAUUUCUAAUACUUUCACGUAUGGUUAAUUAUGGAUGGUUUGAAAUAUUGAUAGACCCAAAAGUGAGAUUAAAUGAUUUUCGUUUAGUUCGGUAUCGUGAUUGCACGCGUCACAUUUUGUAGCAUAGAAACUACAUAUGUACGCAUUGAUGUAAAUAUUUGUCACUUACAAAUUUAUAUUAUAAACAAAUCUAACCGACAAGCAAGAAUUAUAUAUUAAUUAUAAGAAUUCUUUAACAUAAAGAGCUUAGCUGGAUAAGGGCGUAAAAUGUGUCGAAUGAAACAUCGCUUACGCCAUUCGAUAAUUUAUAAAAAAAGAAACGUUCAUUCCAAUUUUUAGCUCUAUAUCACAACCCGGGGGGUAAUAAUUGGAAAAAUUCGAAAAAUCAAAUUUUGAGGUUUUUCCUUAUUUAACGCCUUGCAAAAAAUCUGAAAAA